CAAGCGGGAUGGAGCGCCAUGUUCAAACCAACAAGGACCAAACGAGCCGAGAAACCGCUAACUAUACAAAUCAAUUAAUCGACUUGUCAAAUUCCAAACAUAUAUACAUCAAUCAAGACUCUCAAAAUGCCAACACAAGCCUCAGCCAUUGAAGAGAAGUUCCCCCGUCGGACCCCCAAUCCUGCCGAGCACCGCAUCCAUCCGCCCUCUCAGCCACGCUCGGCUCAUUGCUUGUACCGCUCAACGGCUCCAGCCUCCGUCGCUGCAUACUGCCUAAAACGGACCUCGUAGGCUCAUUAGUCCCUGAUGACUCUUGUCUUCAGCCUUACAAUCCUGGCCCCCUUGGCACCUCUCUGACUCGCUACCGAUAUUCGCUGAAUGGUCUGUGUUCACCCGGUUUCAGCCCUCGUGGAGAUCAUCAUUUUGCAUAGCCACGCGCGCAGCGUUAUCUUCGGUUUAUUGAAUAUCUAGAAAGUCUCGCGACUCCCCGUUGGGAAACGUGCCUACUCUUCAGUGUUUAACUGCAGGCGGGUAAGUGUUCAAGAUGGUUGGAGUACCGGGUCGAUCAAAGGCUUGUGUAACUUGUUUGAAGAGGAAGAAGAGGUGCGACUUGGAAAAGCCAUUUUGCGGAACAUGUCGCAAAGCCCGCGUCGAGUGCGGGGGGUAUCACCGUCCCCGCAUCUUCAUCAACAACACCAUGGAGGACCACAACAAGCAGCUCACCAAAAAGGAGCGCGGCACAGCUACAGGCACCAGUACAAGCGGCGACGCAGACAGCAGCCGCUCCAACCCAAGCAGUGGAAGCGACGUCGCGCUACUUAUGUCCUUGGCAAGAACCGCCUACCAAACGAAAUACUUGGACCUGUGGUGGCAGCUAUACCUACCAAAUGGACAGCGGCUUUCGAAAGUUGUUACGAGCAAUGCGAUGGGUGGGUGGCUUGAUGCGGUGCACGAGAUGAAUUUCAGGGAGCCUGUUCUUGAGAAGGCGCUUGUGGCCAUGUCUGUUACGGCUGUGGGGAAGCAGGAGGGAGAUCCAGUUCUGAAAGAAGAGGGGAGGAGACUUUAUGGGAAGGCGUUGCAGAGUAUGACGGGAGCGAUGAGGGAUCCCAAGAGGGCGACGAGUGAUAGUGUCUUGACGGCGGUGCGGUUGUUCAGCUUCUAUGAGUCCUUGUUCGGUCAGAGCGAGGAUGCAGCGGAGCAGGCGAGGAGCUGGCAGGUACAUAACGCUGGCGACCUUGCGCUGGUUGCGUCUAGAUCUCCAUAUUCGUUCAUUUCGGGCUAUUCACACCAGCUUUUCUGCGACGGGCGAACACACCUUACCAUGUCCUCCCUCCGCCGCCGAAAACGCCUCUUUCUCAUGGACCCCGAAUGGAAAACGAUCCCCUGGCUCAAACGCGCAAAGACCCCGCGCGACCACUUGAUCGACGUAGUAAUGGACAUGACCGCGCUCUUCGAAGACACCGACAAGAUGAAAACCUGCCUCGAUCCCCUGAAGAAAGAGUUCCUCCGCCAACAACUAAUCGACGGCUUCCUGACCCUCAAACACGGCCUACUCACGUGGCAAACUCUCCACGCCCCCGACUACCACCCUCCCACAAACCCCGACAACCUACCCGACCAAGUCAGUCCAGAAGACCUCACAGGUGCCAACCUCAUGACUCUCUUCUGGGCAACCGCCAUUGUCGCUUGCAGCAACCUCGAUGCACUCUGUAGGCCGCAUGGCGCCGAGUACCAUAUCGAGUGGGACCUCGACGAGUUCUGCGGCAAUAUUGUCCGCACGUUGCCGUUCUUCUGCCAUCCAUCUAUGGGGCUGUUCAGACAGCAUAUCGCAGUUUACCCGACGACUGUUGCGCUGCGUUAUAUAUGCGCUGUUGGAGCGAGUCGGCUUGUUGACGAGAGGAGGAUUCUGGCGGAUAGCUUGUAUAGUCCGGCGCUUGCGGGGGUGAGGCAUUUUGUUGUCAGUAUGAAUGACAGUUCACCGGUAGACUUUUUGAAGUAGCCAGCAGCAGCCUCUGUCUUUUUGGUCUCUUUCAUUGAUGCUUCUUGUUUAGAUUAGACUUUAUACCCCUACCAGAAUCACAGGCAAUUCUUCUCCAACUCAAUAUACAGUCUAGAUAUCACUCCACAAGCCUAAUAAACCCUUCCUCAUCAUGCCUGAUCUCCCUCAUCUUGACAUUCCGCAAAUGACUCACCCCCUUGGAAAUUUCACAAUCAUGAUAGAACAACCACCACUUUCCCUUCCACUCCGCAAUCGAAUGAUGCGUCGUCCACCCCAACACAGGCUCCAAAAUCCGCCCCUUAUACACAAACGGCCCCAACGGCGAAUCACUCACCGCAUAAACGAGGUAAUGCGUGUCACCCGUGGAGUACGAGAAGUAGUAUUUCCCAUUAUGCUUGUGCAUCCACGCCGCCUCGAAAAAGCGGCGCGAGUGGUCGUCAGCAGCAAUUGGUUGCUGCGUGUCCGGGUCGAGGAUGACAAGGUCGAGGACCGGGGAUGCGAGGGAGAGCAUAUCCGGCGUGAGCUUCGCGACGCGAGGAAAGAGUGCCGAGAUGCCUGCGCCGGAGGGUUCCUGUGGUCCCUUCUUGGACGCAUCGAACACCCACCCUCCUUCGCCCUCUUCGGCAGACGCGCCCUUGGUCCAACACUGCAGCUGCCCACCCCACAGCCCACCAAA